ACUUCCAUCUCUUCUCGUCGUCUAAAUUAUUAAAUCAACUUAUAAAUUUAAAAAUUAAUCUCUGGAGAGAAACUUUCUUAAUUUCUCCUACCAUUUUAUACAAUGAUGGAUUCUAACCAAUCUCCAAGACAAAAUUCAACCAUUAAAAACUUCAUUAGCAAACACCUCUUACUUCUCAUUCUCCUCCCUUUCUCUGUCUUUCUGCUAACUUUCAUUUUCCAAUGGCGAGGCGGCUCUAUGGAUCCGUUAACCCGAUUGUCCCUCGACCGUUCACUCAUUUGCUCGUCUCCGGCUCAGGCGAAAUCCAAUACUUCAUCGUCCGAUGAGUUGACCGUAAAUGCAUCGCAUGUUACCCCUCAUUUCGGUAGUUUCAUGUUUAAUAGUAACAACUCUGUUCUUACACCCAAGGUAUGUAUAACUUCAACAACAGCAGCUGGGCUAGAGGAUAUUCUAUCAUGGAUCUUCUUUCACAAGGUCGUUGGCAUUUCAAACUUCUUCCUAUUUGUCGAAGGGAAGGCUGCAACACCAAAUGUAACUAUAGUACUUGAGUCUCUUCCUGGAGUAAAAGUUAUACCAAGAACAAUCCAGUUAGAGAAACAACAAGCUAAGAGUCGAAUUUGGAAUGAGACAUGGCUUUCCGGCGCCUUCCACAAGCCAUGUAACGGCGCGUUGUUUGUGAAGCAAACCUUGAACAUGGAAAUGGCUAUAGUCAUGGCAAGGGAAGCUGGCAUGGACUGGAUUUUCCAUGUUGAUACAGACGAGCUUCUGCAUCCUGCCGGCACUCGAAACUACACAAUAACGGAGUUAUUAGCAAAAGUUCCUACUGAUGUUGACGCAAUUGUACUUACUAAUUAUGAAAGUGCAGUUGAAAGGGACGAUAUUAAAAAGCCUUUCGUUGAGGUUACAUUGUUCAAAAAGAAUUUUGGGCAUCUUCCGAAUGAUACAAACUUCAAACUGUACAAGAUGGCAACCCGAGGAAACCCAAACUAUUUCCUAACUUACGGGAAUGGAAAAUCAGCGGCAAGAAUACAAGAUCACCUUCGCCCCAAUGGUGCUCAUCGAUGGUAUAACUAUGUCAAAGAGCCCAAAGAAAUACAAUUAGACGAGGCUGCGAUAUUGCACUACACAUAUGCAAGAUUUUCCGACUUAACUUCCAGGCGCGACAGGUGUAAAUGUCAACCUACACAAGAGGAUGUGAAAAGAUGUUUCUGGUUGGAAUUCGAUAGAUCUGCGUUUAUUGUUGCUUCUACUGAAACACAAGAGGGUAUGCUUCGAUGGUACCAAGAUCAUGUGGUGUGGGAUAACGAAAAAAAUAACCUAAAAUUUUUGAAGUAUGGUGUUUUUACUCGCAUUUAUACUCCCAUGGUAAUUAUUCAGAAGAUAAAGGAAUCCGGGGUUUUUGCUUCAGUGAUCUCUAAGGCAAGGGUUACUUCACCUUGAAUCAUCAUUGAUCGUCCGAGCGAUCUCAAAUCAUUACACAUGGGGAAAAUUAAUUUAAGGAAAUUAUUUUUAGAAAUCUAAGCCUUCUCUCAUGGUAGAUAAUUAGAAUUAUCCUUUUGAGUAAAAAGUUGGAAUGUGGAGGCACUUGUUUAAAUGCAUAUUAAUUACUACAUUUAUAGGAAUGUUAAAAAAAAAAUUAUAGGAAUGAA